AAACAUGAAUCCAAGAACCAUCUUGCUCCUUUCUUUCAUUGUCUUCUCCUUCCUCUUCUCAUGGUGUGAAGGAGGAAGAAAAGGGUAUGAUAAAGGGAUAAAAGGGAUGUUUGUUUUUGGGAGUUCUCUAGUUGACAAUGGAAACAAUAACGUGUUAGAGAACUCGAGAGCUAAGGCUAAUUAUCUUCCUUAUGGAAUGGAUUUUCCUCUCGGUCCCUCGGGUAGGUUUACGAAUGGGAAGAAUGUGAUCGACUUUCUCGGAGAUUAUCUCGGCCUUCCUUCUUCCAUCCCAACUUUUUCCGACCCUUCGACAAAGGGGAUGAAGAUCGUUCAUGGCGUCAACUAUGCUUCUGGUGGUUCUGGUAUUCUUGACAAUACUGGCAUCAUCUCGGGAAAUGUUACAACUUUAAAUAGACAAAUCAAAAACUUUGAGGAGGGGACAUUACCAGAAUUGAGAGGUUUGAUCGGAAGGAGAAAGUCAUCGUUAGACAAUUAUUUGUUCGUGGUAGGCUCGGGAGGGAAUGAUUACUCGUUCAACUACUUUCUCACCAACUCCGAUGCUCAAGUCAGCCUUCCGGUCUUCACGGCCAAUCUUACCGCCACCUUAUCGGGCCAACUCAAGAAAUUGUAUAGUUUGGGAGCAAGGAAAAUGGUGGUGAUUUCAGUGAACCCAUUAGGGUGCAGUCCAAUGGUGAGAGCAAAUAACAAAGGCCAAUGCAUUGAGACACUAAACCAAGCAGCUCAAUUGUUCAAUCUCAACUUGAAGACAUUAGUGGAUGUUCUAAAGCUACAAAUGCCACGCUCCAACCUUGUCUUCCUUAAUUCAUAUCAAAUCAUUAAUGACAUCAUCUCACAACCUGCCUCGAAAGGUUUUAUAGAGGCAGCCAUGCCUUGUUGUGAGGUGCCAUCUCUGAGUGAAGGUGGAAAUGGAGUUUUGUGCAAAAAAGGAGGAAGAACUUGCCCAAACAGAACCAACCAUGUGUUUUUUGAUGCGUUACAUCCAACAGAAGCUGUCAAUGAGCUCAUAGCAUCCAAAGCUUAUGGUUCUCAACUUCAAACUGAAGUUUAUCCCACUAAUGUUCUUCAUCUAGCCAAUAUAUAGAUCUUUAUCUCAUCACUUUAUGUAUCUUUUCAACCAAAAAUUGAAACAUCGA